AUGGUAGCGCAGCGCCGCCAGCAGCCUCGCCUCCAGGUGCCCCUCAUCGGCCUCAGGAGGUCGGGCAAGUCGUCGAUGCUCAAUGUCGUCUACAACGACCUCCACCCGGACGACACCUUGUUCCUCGAAUCCACGCUCAAGGCCGCCACCGUCAACUCCGACUCCUUCCUCCCAAUCACCAUGACCGACAUGCCCGGCGGCGUGCUCCUCGGCGCAAGCAACCGCAUCGAAAAGGGACUUCCCUUGACCUCGUCGCAGGCUAGAUCCGCCGCAGCACAGGCGCAAGCUCGAGCGGGCGCACUAGCGGCAGCUGCCUCGCCAGACCCCUCGAGCACCGCAACGUCUCAGCCGGCUACAUCGACCCAGACGCCAGCCGCACCGGCCACCUCGUCGCAGGAACUGCUCGCAUGGACCGGCGUCAGCGCCGUCAUCUUUGUCAUCGACGCCCAGGACGACUACUUCGAGGCGCUCUCCAAGCUCCACUCGGUCAUCCUCGCCGCCUUUGCAGAGAACCAGACAAUCGACUUCCACGUCUUCAUCCACAAGAUCGACGGGUACAGCGAAGACUACCGACAAGAAACGCUCGCAGACAUCCGCGGAAAGGUGCUCGACGACCUCGUCGAUAGCAGCCCCAGCUUCACCGCCCAGCCUUGGUCCUACCCGGCACCCGUCGGCGUUCCGAAAAAGGACUCUGGCAAAAGCCGCUCACGCAGCCGCGACUUUGGCGCGCUGGGUCGAUCUCCGGCUCUCAACGGGCGUGCCGCCAAUGGCGGUGCUGGGUCGGGAGCUGGCAGCGGCAGCAACAACGGUGCGGGCUACGACGCCUCGGCCUCGGAGAUCUCCCUCUUCUCACCCGGCAACAACAACGGCCGCAGCAGCGGGCGCGACGAUUCCGACAUCCCCAUGGCCGGUCAGAUCAACCUCGAGUCGGCCGUCCGGCUCCACUUCCACCUCACCAGCAUCUUUGACACGAGCGUCUUUGUCGCCUUCUCCAAAGUUCAGCAGAGCCUCAUGCAGAAGACCAAGAGCGUCGAAGCAGCGCCGCCGCCGCCGCGCCAUCUGAGGCCGCCGUCGGCUUCCGGUGCAGGCGCUUCCGGGAUAAAUCGCACCCCGUCGCCGCUGGCUGGGGCAUCCCAGCUGUCUUCCGCAUCGACGAUCCCAUCGACGCUGGCCGAAUCGGUCGAGACAUUGUGCGACUCGAUCUGCUCGAGCUGCAAGUUUGACAAGGCAUUCCUGUUUGACCUUCCGACUCGAACGUUCGCCGGCUCGGACUCUACGCCCUUUGAUGCCGCCAGCUUUGAUGUCAUCUUUGAGUAUGCCGGCUUCCUCAGCAAGUUUGCCAGCCUCUAUGCCAACGUCACCCCGAGCUGCGGCGACGCGUCGACAGCGGCAGCAAACGGGGCCAGCAGCCAGCCGUUUCCGGGCGCUGCUGCUCUCGCACCGAGGCGACUGGCCACUUCGGUGGCGCGCCUGGGACCCGAGACGUCGCUGGCCUUCUGGCAGAUCAACGACCGACUGUCGCUCAUCACGAUCCUCAAGACCGACGUGCACGCCAAGCAGAGCGCGCUGAUCGACUACAACCUCUGCUUUUUCCAGAGGGCCGUCGUGCAGCUGCUCGACGUCGUGCAGAGCGGCAUCUGA